CGCAUCGACUCAUCAGCACAAUGUCUCGGUUCUUGGACAUGUUGGAGUUUGGAGAGGCGGGCCGCUACCUUCGACUCACCAACCUGGAGCAGCUGGCCGCCAAGGCCCAGGCCUUUGAUGGUACGAAGCGUGUGUGGAUGCCAGAUGAGGUGGAAGCCUACAUCGAAGUGGAGAUCAGAGAACUGAACGGAGACAAGACCACGGUGGAGACCAAGGACGGACGGUUUCUGAUCGUGAAGGAGGACGACCUGCAGCCCAUGAACCCUCCGAAGUUCGACAUGAUGGAGGACAUGGCCAUGCUGACGCACCUGAACGAGGCGUCGGUUCUGUUCAACCUGAGGAGGAGAUACAGCAUGUGGAUGAUCUACACCUACUCGGGUCUCUUCUGUGUUACAGUGAACCCUUAUAAAUGGCUGCCUGUUUACUCCACUGAAGUGGUCACCGCCUACAAAGGCCGCCGCCGUGCAGACACACCCCCUCACAUCUACGCCAUUGCUGACAACGCCUACACCGACCUGCUGCAGAAUCGUGAAAACCAGUCGAUGCUCAUCACUGGUGAAUCAGGAGCUGGUAAAACCGUCAACACUAAGCGUGUGAUCCAGUAUUUCGCCAUCAUCGCUGCUCUGGGUGAAAACGUGAAGAAAGGAGGCUCUUUGGAGGACCAGAUCAUCGAGGCCAACCCGGCCAUGGAGGCCUUUGGAAACGCCAAAACCAUCCGCAAUGACAACUCGUCUCGCUUCGGGAAGUUCAUCAGGAUCCACUUCGGGACGACGGGGAAGCUGGCGUCGGCCGACAUUGACAUCUACCUUCUAGAAAAGUCCAGAGUGGUGUUCCAGCAGCCCGGAGAGAGAAGCUACCACAUCUACUACCAGAUCCUGUCCAAUCACAAGCCAGAGCUACAAGAUAUGCUGCUGGUGACCACCAACCCCUUCGACUACCACUUCUGCUCUCAGGGAGUCACCACAGUGGAAAGCAUCGACGAUGGAGAAGAACUGAAGCUCACUGAUCACGCCAUGGACACGCUGGGCUUCACGCCUGAGGAGAAGUACGGCUGCUACAAGAUCGUGGGCGCCAUCAUGCACUUUGGAAACAUGAAGUUCAAGAAGAAACAGAGGGAGGAGCAGGCCGAGGCCGACGGCACCGAGAGUGUGGACAAGGCGGCCUACCUCAUGGGCAUCAGCUCCGCAGACCUGCUCAAAGGCCUCCUGAACCCUCGCGUCAAAGUCGGAAACGAGUUCAUCGUUAAAGGACAGACUGUGGAGCAGGUCAACUACGCGGUGGCGGCUCUGGCCAAAGCCACGUACGACCGCAUGUUCAAGUGGCUGGUGAGUCGCAUCAACUCGUCGUUGUACACGUCUCUGCCUCGACAGUACUUCAUCGGAGUCCUCGACAUCGCCGGCUUCGAGAUCUUUGAGUUUAAUAACUUUGAGCAGCUUUGCAUCAACUUCACCAAUGAGAAGCUGCAGCAAUACUUCAACCACCACAUGUUCAUCCUGGAGCAGGAGGAGUACAAGACCGAGGGCAUCGAGUGGACCUUCAUAGACUUUGGUUUGGAUCUACAAGCCUGCAUCGACCUCAUAGAGCGGCCCAUGGGAAUUCUGUCCAUUAUGGAGGAGGAGUGUAUGUUCCCCAAAGCCACGGACCACAGCUUCAAAACCAAACUCUACGACAACCACCUGGGGAAGUCGCCCAACUUCCAGCGGCCGCGGCCCGACAAGAAACGCAAAUACGAGACACACUUUGAGCUGAUUCACUACGCUGGAGUGGUGCCGUACAACAUCACAGGCUGGUUGGAUAAGAAUCGAGACCCGCUGAAUGAGACCGUGGUGGUUCUGUUCCAGAAGUCCUCCAACAAACUGAUGGCCGGACUGUUUGAGAACUACAUCAGCUCUGAGAUGGCUUCUGAUCCAAAGGCUAACACCAAACUCAGGAAGAAGAAAGCAGCUUCGUUCCAGACGGUUUCUCAGCUUCACAAAGAGAAUCUGAACAAGCUGAUGGCGAACCUUCGCAGCACUCAGCCUCACUUUGUCCGCUGCAUCAUCCCCAACGAGUCCAAGAAUCCAGGGGUCAUGGAUCCUUUCCUGGUCCUCCACCAGCUCAGGUGUAACGGAGUCUUGGAGGGGAUCAGGAUUUGCAGGAAAGGGUUCCCAAACCGUAUCCUGUACGCUGAGUUCAAGCAGCGCUACCGCAUCCUGAAUCCCGCCGCCAUCCCUGAGGACUCGUUCGUGGACAGCAGGAAGGCGGUGGAGAAGCUGCUGGGUUCUCUGGACAUCGACCACACUCAGUAUAAGUUUGGACACAGUAAGGUGUUCUUCAAGGCCGGUCUGUUGGGGCAGCUGGAGGACAUGAGGGACAUCCGUCUGUCCCAGAUCCUCACCACGGUCCAGGCCAUGUGCAGAGGGAAGCUGAUGAGGAUGGAGCGACAGAAGAUGAUGCUUCAGAGAGACGCUGUCAUGGUGGUCCAGUUCAACCUCAGAGCGUUCUUCUCAGUGCGGACGUGGCCGUGGAUGAUGCUCUUCUAUAAGCUCCGCCCCCUGCUCAGGAGCGCCCAGGUGGAGAAGGAACUGGCCGCUUUGAAUGAAGACUUCUCCAAAUUAAAGGACGCAUUCGACAAGUCGGAGGGGAAGCGCCGCGAGGCCGAGGAGCGACAGGUGGUUCUGGUUCAGGAGAAGAACGACCUGGCUCUGCAGCUUCAGGCGGAGCAGGACAACCUGGCGGACGCAGAGGACCGCUGCAACCAGCUGAUCCAGUCCAAGAUCCACCUGGAUUCAAAGGUGAAGGAGAUGCAGGAGCGUCUGGAGGACGAGGAGGAGGUGAGCGCCACGCUGACGUCCAAGAAGCGGCAGCUGGAGGAGGAGGUGUCGAGUCUGAAGAGAGACGUGGACGACCUGGAGAUAACUCUGGCCAAAGUGGAGAAGGAGCGUCACGGAGUGGAGAACAAGGUGAAGAACCUGUCCCAGGAGAUGUGCGUCCUGGACGAGUCCAUAGCGUCUCUGAGCAGGGAGAAGACGGCCCUGCAGGAGGCCCACCAGCAGGCCCUGAACGACCUGCAGGCCCAGGAGGACAAGGUCAACAUGUUGGCCAAGGCCAGAGCCCGGCUGGAGCAGCAAGUGGACAAUGUGGAAAGUUCCCUGGAGCAGGAGAAGAAGGUUCGGAUGGAUCUGGAACGAACCAAACGGAAGCUGGAGGGGGACCUGAAGCUGUCCAUGGACUCUGUGAGGGACCUGGAGAACCAGAAGGAGGAGCUGGAGGAGAGACUCAAGAAAAAAGACUUUGAGAUGGGUCAGCUUCAGUCCAAGAUGGAGGAUGAGCAGAACUUGGUCGCUCAGCUGCAGAAGAAAAUCAAAGAGCUGCAGACUCGUAUCGAGGAGCUGGAGGAGGCGCUGGAGGCCGAAAGGGCGUGGAGAACCAAAGCCGAGCGUCAGAGGAACGAAAUCGCCAAAGAGCUGGAGGAGCUCGGAGAGAAACUGGAGGAGGCCGGAGGAGCUUCUGCCGCUCAGAUCGCACUCAACAGGAAGCGAGAGGCUGACUUCCUGAAGAUGAGGCGAGAGCUGGAGGAGGCGGGGCUUCACCACGAGGCCACGGCGGUGACUCUGAGGAAGAAGCACUCAGACACGGUGGCGGAGCUGAGCGAGCAGAUCGACAACCUGCAGAGAGCCAAGCAGAAGCUGGAGAAGGAGAAGGUGGAGUGUAGGCUGGAGGCCGACGACCUGGCAGCCAACGUGGAGCAGCUGACCAGGGCCAAGGGGGCGGUGGAGAAAAUGUGCAGGGUUUACGAGGACCAGCUGAACGAGAGCCGGAGUCGAGCCGACAACCUGCAAAGACAACUGACUGAAAUGUCAGCUUCGAAAGCCCGGGUGGUCACCGAGGCUGCGGAGUACAGCCGUCGUCUGGAGGAACGCGAUGCGAUGAUCAGCCAGCUGCAGCGCUCCAAGGCGGGGCUUUGCCAGAACUCUGAAGGCCUGAAGAGGCAGCUGGAGGAGGAGAGUAAAGCCCGGGUUUCUCUGGCUCACGCGGUGCAGGCGUCCCGUCACGACUGCAGCCUCCUCAGGGAGCAGCUGGAGGAGGAGCAGGAGGCCAAGGCCGAGCUGCUGAGGGCGCUGUCCAAAGCCAACAACCAGGUGGCGCAGUGGAGGGCCAAGUACGAGACGGACGCCGUGUUGAGGAUAGAGGAGCUGGAGGACGUCAAGAAGAAGCUGGUGGUUAAACUGCAGACGGUGGAAGAGGCCGUGGAGGCGUCUCAGGCCAAGUGUUCAUCUCUGGACAAAACCAAGCAGCGUCUGCAGACGGAGAUCGAGGACCUGGUGGUUGAACUGGAACGCUCCAACGCCACCGCUCUGGCUCUGGACAAAAAACAACGCAACUUCGAUAAGCUGCUCAGCGAGUGGAAGCUGAGGUACGAGGAGAGUCAGGCCGAGCUGGAGGUGUCGCAGAAAGAGUCUCGCAGCCUGAGCACCGAGCUCUUCAAACUGAAGAACUGCUACGAAGAGGCUCUGGACCACCUGGAGACGGUCAAACGGGAAAACAAGAACCUCCAGGAGGAGAUCAUGGACCUGACGGAACAGAUAAGUCAAGGAGGAAAAACCAUCCAUGAGCUGGAGAGGAUGAAGAAGAUCCUGGAUGUGGAGAAGAGCGACAUCCGAGCAGCUCUGGAGGACGCAGAGGGCACUCUGGAACACGAGGAGACCAAGAUCUUAAGAUGUCAGAUGGAGCUGCAGCAGAUGAGGACUGAGAUGGAACGAAAAAUUUCAGAGAAAGACGAGGAGAUGGACAACCUCAGGAGGAACCACCAGCGCUCCCUGGAGGCCAUGCAGGCCAGUCUGGAGGCGGAGGCUCGCAGUCGCAGCGAGGCGGUUCGUCUCAGGAAGAAGAUGGAGUCCGACCUCAACGAGAUGGAGAUUCAGCUCGGACACGCCAGCAAACAGGCGGCGGAGAGUCAGAGGGUCGCCAGACACCUGCAGACACAGGUGAAGGAGCAGCAGGUGGAGCUGGAGGACAAAGUCCAACUGACCAAUCAGCUUCGAGAACAGAUCGUCCUGUUGGAGCGACGCUGUUCGCUGAUGACAGCUGAGGAGGAGGAGCUAAGAGGGAUCCUGGAGCAGACUGACCGCAGCCGCAAGAUGGCCGAACACGAGCUGGUGGAGGUGGCAGAAAGGGUUAACCUGCUCACCACGCAGAACACAGGCUUGGUGAACCAGAAGAGGAAGCUGGAGGCAGAGGUUUCGGUGCUGUCAGGUGAGGUGGAUGAGGUGUUACAGGAGAACCGCAGCACUGAGGAGAAAGCCAAGAAGGCCAUCACCGACGCGGCUCUGAUGGCCGAGGAGCUGAAGAAGGAGCAGGACAGCAGCAGCAUACUGGAGAGGAUGAAGAAGAACAUGGAGUCCACAGUAAAAGAACUGCAGGUCAAACUGGACGAAACCGAGCAGAUGGCGCUGAAGGGAGGGAAGAAGCAGCUGCACAAACUGGAGACCAGAGUUCGGGAGCUGCAGACGGAGCUGAUGGUGGAGCAGAAGAAGAGCGAGGACUAUCAUAAAGGCGUACGACGCUACGAGAGGAGGGUCAAAGAGCUGACCUAUCAGUCGGAGGAGGACAGGAAGACUCUGCUGAGGAUGCAGGACCUGAUCGACAAACUUCAAACCAAAGUCAAGAGCUACAAGAGACAAGCAGAGAACGCUGAGGAGCAGGUGAGCUGCAGCUCGGUGCGAUACAGGAAGAUGCAACACGAGUUGGACGACGCUGAGGAGCGAGCGGACAUCGCAGAGACGACCGUCAACAAGCUACGGAUCCGAACCCGCGAACAGACCAGCAAGGUUGCCAUGAUGGCUGAGUGAACCCCGGUACCUCCACAUCCCUGUGUUUCUGAUGAUGGGUUGCUGUGUUUUUUUGAAGUGAAUCUGCUGUGUUUGUGUUGUUUAGUCCAGACGUUCGACAACAUGUCAAUAAGUUUCAGUGUUUCUGUAAAACUUCACAUGUCGUUUGUCGGGUUGUCAGUUGACAGCUGCUGUUUUUUUUUUUCUCAUUGGGAGUGAAACCAGUCUGUAGUCGCUGAACAUAUGGACAGAUUUGCAUGUUUUUGGCAGUCAGUCGUGGUUAAAAAUGCUUGUGUUCGUGGCCUUUUUCCGGAGCUUUGAACCUCACCACCUUCAUCUGCAGACGUCGUUUAAUCGUAUGAUGGAAAAUCAUGAUGACCAACCACAGAUGAGGGCUGGAGUUCAAAGCCUCUGAAAACGCUCUUAGUGCAUCUUGAUUUGAAAUGUUUGUGUUGAAACUAGUGUUUGGAAGCUCAUCACUGAACUCAAAUGUUCCGACAUUUAUAGGAAUAAACAAUAAAUAAAUAACACUACAGACACGGCAGCAGCCACGUUUACAAAUGUUAAUGUGUUACGAGUUAUUAAGUGAUGCUAGUUAACAACUUGAACACAAAGAGGACUUUUCAUGGUAGUUUUCAUUUUGUUGCAUCGUUUUUCGUCCACUCUGCCACUUUUCGCCUCUUUUUCUUCACUUUGGUUUAAAAUAAAUCAAGUGUAUGACUCAGUCUGUCAGGCUCUCACCCAGUUGUCCAUGAUAAAACUACGACACUGUUUACGAGUCAAACGCAGAGACGAUGAACAGACUUAAAUGUCUGCUGACGCUUACCUCAGCGGGGGGUGGAGACCAAAGCAGAGUCAACAGGAGACAGACAGACGACGUCCACAACCAGAAGAAACAGGAUGUGACUCAUGUUCUGAACUACCCCACUGAACUAUGGGAGAUGAAAUGGUGCUCUGCAAACACAACAUGUCAGAUUCAUUUAGAUCAGUGUUCCUCAACCUUUUUUGACCAAACAUGGGAAUGGUACCGCCCCCAUUGACUAACACUGACUUAGAUCAAUGAUGACUGAAGCUAAGGCUGGGACAUAGUUAUCAAAAUAAAUGUCCAAAUCCUUUUUCUCUCCAGGUUAAAAACUGGUUUUUAAUUCUGACUGAAAAUUGAAGAAGCCGGAUGUUCAUUUGUGGUUUUACAAUAUUCAUAAAAGACAAAACAAGAUGAAAACCAAGUAAAAGACAGACGAUACAGAGGUACAACAUUCAACACUGUUAUUCAGAUUAUGAUCAAAUGUUUGUUAAAACAUGGAGUAAAAGUAUCCAGAGCGACAUAGUAUUAAUGAGUGCUGAGGUUUGACCUGAUGCUCUUCUGUUCAACACUUAAACUAACACGUUUGCUUGGUUUGAUCUUUCGUUUUGCUGUAAAAACACAACAGUAGUAAAUGAAACCAUGAGCCUGUUUGGACUGAAAACUGAAGUGUGUGUUUGA